UCGUGUUCACACUACUUCCUCUGCUUCCUUUUCCGUUGACCCUUUGCUAUUUUCAGAAGCUGCCACUAUCACACAUAACUCCAAUGCUAUUAAUUUCACCAAAACCUCUUAAUUAAUUUUCCCAACUUCACCUAUUGCUAAUUAUGUUCUGACUAUCUUCUAACUCUAUUUUAUCUCUUUAUCAUUCUUCUACUUAUCCAAACACCCAUCCAGAGGAAGUGUGUGUGAGAUAAUCAUCAAUUCACCUUCCAACUUUAUUAUUUUUAUGUUUUACUUUCCAUUCAAAUUCAAUGGCCAGAACCCCGUUAUUAUUCACUUCAUUGUCAUUGCUUUUCACUCAGUUCCUAUUCACCCCAUUUGAUGCUGUUCUUGGUUCAAAAGGAUCACUUGAAUGCCUUAAAGUUUCUCAUGCCGAGUUCACUAACUCAGCGAAAGAAGUUGUUGGUGUCUUGAAAAGUGUUACAUCCACUCUGCAUUCUGAGUUUGUUAGAAAUGGCGGCGGCUUUGUCGAUGAUCAUCGCCUUUCGAGCGCUGUUUCGGCGUGCCUUGAGUUGAUGGACUUGUCCUCCGAUGAGCUCAGCUGGGUUGUGUCCGUUUCUGAAAGUCCCAAAGGCAAGCAUAACGGCACUGGUAAUUUGAGCUCUGAUUUGAGGACAUGGCUAAGUGCUGUUCUUGCCAACACGGACACAUGCAUGGAAGGAUUAGAAGAAGGCACCACCAGCAGUGUCAAUAAUAUAAAGAAUGCAGUAACCGCUUCCAUCAACAAAGUGAACACAAUGGUCCAGGAUCUCCUAACACAGGUGCACCCUGUUUCGUAUAACAGGGUGAGCAAGAGCAAACUUGAGUUUCCUUCUUGGGCCGAAUCAGAGGAUCUUGAGGGUAAAAAGUUGCUAAUGGCGGUGGAUGCCGUGGUGGCUUUGGAUGGGAGUGGGGACUACACACGUGUGAAGGAUGCUGUGGAAUCAGCGCCUGAGUAUAGCAUGAAACGUUAUGUGAUACACAUUAAGAAGGGUGUGUAUUGUGAGAAAGUUGAGAUCCAUAGCAAGAAGUGGAACCUUGUGAUGAUUGGAGAUGGAAUGGAGAAUACCGUUAUCACUGGUAACUCGAGUCGUUAUUUCAAUAAUACCACCACAUACAUGACUGCAACCUUUGCUGUGGAAGGCAGAGGGUUUAUAGCACAAAACAUUUCCUUCCAUAACACUGCAGGACCAAGAGGGAGCCAAGCAGUAGCUCUAAGAUCACAAUCCGAUCUCUCAGUCUUCUACCGCUGCGAAAUCUCCGGCUACCAAGACAGCCUCUACGCCCACUCCAACCGCCAAUUCUACCGAGAGUCCAUCAUCACCGGCACUGUAGACUUCAUCUUCGGCCGCGCCGCCGCAGUCUUCCAGAACUGCACCAUACUUGCCAAGAGAGGCUUACCGGAACAAACCAACACCAUAACCGCUCAAGGCGCAAACGACUCCACCUCACCCUCCGGCUUCUCCAUCCAAUUCAGCAACAUCUCUGCACAUUCUGAACUUCUACCUUUCUUGAACUGCACAAGAACGUACCUUGGGAGACCAUGGAAGGAAUAUUCGAGAACGGUUUUCAUGCAAUCUUACAUGAGCGAGAUGGUGAGCCCGCAAGGGUGGAAAGAAUGGAAUGGGACGUUGUAUUUGGACACUCUUUACUAUGGUGAGUUCAUGAAUUAUGGGCCUGGAUCUGGGCUUUCUGAGAGAGUGAAGUGGCCAGGGUAUCAUGUUAUCAAUGACUAUGAUGAAGCUAGUAACUUCACGGUGGCCCAAUUUAUUCUGGGGGAUCUAUGGUUGCCAUCAACGGGUGUGAAUUAUGCAUCUGGUUUCACUAAAUAGUAAAUACUAAAACGUUCCAUAUGUAAUUAGUCAAGUGGAUGGUUACCUUAUCAAAAUCCAAAAAUAAAAAAAGGUUGUUAUUUUAUCAAAGAGGAAAUAAAAAAACAACAAUAAUAAUAGUAGUAGUUGUACAGCUAUUAAUAUCGCUAUUAAUUUUUUCUAUUUAAAUUUUGGCAAAUUUCUCUUUCUAUCUCUUCUUUUACUAUCUUUAUUAUUGAUCAAUUUUUUAUUGAAAGGACAAUUAAAUCUUUUAAUUCGACUUUAUUUUGAUCA